UACACGAGACUCCGGGUGACGAAGAACGUUCGCGGAGAGUUAUAGUAAGCUCAAAUAAAAGACAAAUUGUGUAUUGCAUCUUGUCACUUGCACUCAAUCUUUGGUCAAUAGAGCUGCAGGCACAUAUCCACCUCUAACCGAAAUACAUCCCCAAAUGGCACAGGAAGAAACCAGUGGGGAUUCCUUUGCGUCAACUUUCCUUUCAUCUAGAUAUCCAGGUUGUAAGUCGAUGUUUAGCAGACUGUCACACCAUGCUCGUCCAAAAACACUAAAAGUGAUGGUACUAGGACUAGCAGGAGUGGGAAAGUCGGCUCUAACAGUUCGAUUCAUUACCAAGAGGUUUAUCGGUGAUUACGACCCGACUCUGGAGGAUGUUUACACCCACGAAACUGCAGUGAACAAGAAUGAGUCGGUUAUCUUCCACAUUCUGGAUAGUGCGGGCCACAGCCACGAUACAGAACCGGUUUUUCUGGAGGCCAAUAUUCGUUGGGCUGACACAUUCAUUUUAAUGUAUUCCGUAACUGAUAAAUGUAGCUUUGAUGAAUGUAACCGUUUAAAAUUUCUCAUUAAACUUUAUAACAAACGAUGUCGGAUUCUGGGAGGUCCGUUAUUUCCGAGUCAUUUGACAGAGGUUCCUGUUUUGUUGGUUGGGAACAAAGCCGAUCAAUAUGGAGACAGAAUGAUUUCAAGAGAGGAUGGAGAACGAAGAAGUCACGAGAUAGACUGUGCAGGAUUUCACGAGAUUUCAGUACGAGAAUCGAUAGACGAGGUUGAGAACGUAUUUAGGCAUCUGUAUCAGAUCUGGAAAACAUGGAAUAAGAAAAGUAAAAUAAGGCGCUGUUCUAGUGAUGUUGGUACAGGACCAUUUUUUAAAAGGCUCCCGAUCGUCAGCAGAAUCCCUCUGAUGAGUUUUCAGGAAGAAACGUCGCCAGUAAAACCAGCAAAAAAUCUUCAUGAACAAACUAUUCGACCACUUAACGAUUUAUUUCCGACCAAAUUUCGAGAACGAGCUUGUACCGAUGGAACAUUACACACAUCCACGAGGUGGCGCUUCAGGACUGCUAGAUUUCAUAGUGCAGUCAGUUCGCCACUCCAGACUCGAAGGAUGAGCAUCAGCAUGCGCGGAAGUGAAUCAAAUUAACUCUGAAUCAAAUCCUAUAUUAAACUAUCCUGAAGGUUAGAUUUAAUUACGUUAUGUCAUGGAACUGAGAUUCAUGAGUAGUGAGAAGACAUGCAGAUUUGAAGAAAUAACGUGUUGAUGUUACCUAGAUGUAAAAAUAUGUUUAUUUUUAUGUGCAUGAAUAGACAUCUACAACACAUGUUAGUUUUUAUUUCAUUGAAAUAUAGUUAAUGUUUUCUGAGCAGACAUGUUACAGUCAAGUUAACACUGGGUCUUGUAAUGUAAUAUUAUUUUUAAAUGCCUUUUGUUAGGUCACAUAAAUUUUUAUGGCUUAUUCUUGGGUAAAGCAUCUCUUGAUUUCCUUUUUAUUCUAAACAAGAAGCUUAUGUAAACGUAAGCAAUAAUAAAGAAUAUUAAC